AUGGCUACCAUACCUAUCAUCAUCAAACACGGCGGCAAGCGCUACGACGUCGAGCUGGAUCCAACCUCCACGGGCGAAACAUUGAAAUACCAGCUAUUCUCCCUGACUGGCGUGGAACCGGAUCGUCAAAAGGUGCUCGUCAAGGGUGGCCUUAAAGAUGAUACCCCCCUGUCUUCCCUCAAGGCCAAACCAGGCCAGACCAUCAUGAUGAUGGGCACGCCUUCUGGGGGCCAAGAUGCUCUGAGCAAACCCAAGGAGGCAGUGAAGUUUUUGGAGGAUAUGACUGAGGCCGAAGUUGCGCAGCAAGCGGGAGCCACUCCUGCUGGUCUGCAGAACUUGGGCAACACUUGCUACUUGAACUCUACCCUACAGACCCUUCGCGGUAUUCCCGAGCUGCAGGAGGAGCUUUUGAAGUACAAGCCAAGCGGCCUUGGUGGUAGCAACCUAGCAGGUCUUAGCAGUCUUGGUCUCGGGGGCUUGGAUAGCUCAAGGGAUAUUGCUGCUUCACUACGGGACCUAUUUAAGCAGAUGUCGCAGACCCAAGAAGGAAUUCCGCCCAUGAUGUUCCUAAAUGCCCUCCGCACAGCCUACCCCCAGUUUGCUCAACAGGAUCGCAAUGGCCACGGCUAUGCGCAACAGGAUGCCGAGGAGGCUUGGUCGCAGAUUGUCAAUCAACUGCGGAACAAGUUGACUAUCACGGACGGAGCCGAGUCAAGCGGACAUAGCUCCUUUGUCGACAAAUAUCUUGCUGGUCAAUUUAGCUCUAUCACUGAGUGCGAUGAUCCUGCGGCCAAGGAGUUAGGUGAGGAGCCUAACAAGUCCUCUGACGUUUUCCUCAAGCUGGAUUGCCACAUCGGCAAGGACACCAAUCACCUUCAAGAUGGCAUCAUGGCCGGCUUGCAGGAGCAGAUCGAAAAGCACUCCCCGACACUGGACCGCAAUGCUCUCUACACGAAGCGAUCGCGCAUUGCGCGCCUGCCGCAAUACUUGACCGUGCAUUUUGUUCGAUUCUUCUGGAAGCGCGAGACCCAGAAGAAGGCCAAAAUCAUGCGUAAGGUUACAUUCCCGGCCGAGCUUGAUGUGGUCGAGUUCUGUACCGACCAGCUUCGGGAGCAGCUUGUCCCUGUUCGCGACAAGGUUCGAGAAAUCCGCAAGGAUGAGGUGGAUAUUGAGCGCUCUCGCAAGCGUCAAAGACUUGCUCUUGAUCGGGAAGAACAACAGAAGAAGAACGAAGCCGAGGGUGGUGCCAGUGAAAGCUUGGAACCGAUGCAGAAGAAGACGACAGUGGAAGAGACCAAGGACAAGAAGAGCGAGAAGAAGUCCGACAAGGAUGGCGACACCGAGAUGGAGGAGGACUUCAAAACCGACGCUCAAUACGAAGAGGAGAAGAAUGCUGCCAUCAAGGCUGCUAAGCUGGAGUUGCAGGAGCUUCUCAAGCAGAAUGGCUCUUCGGACAGUGGGACCAAUAAGUCCGGUCUGUACGAACUGCGCGGUGUGAUCACCCACCAAGGUGCCAGCGCCGACAGUGGUCACUACACCGCAUAUGUCAAGCAGCAACCCCGAAAGGUGGACGACGCGCAAACUGGUAGCAAGCGUCGCGAGGAGGAGAACAGCAACAAGUGGUGGUGGUUCAACGACGACAAGGUCACCGAGGUGGAAGCCGAAAAGAUCGAAACCUUGUCCGGUGGUGGCGAGUCCCACUCCGCUUUGAUUCUUUUAUACCGCGCCAUCGAGCUGCCCACAUUGGAUUGA